CUGUGACAGUGUGCUUGAUGUAAGCUGCCGGCUCUCUGCCUGUCCUUUUAUAUUCCACCAGUGUCUGUACAAUCUGUAUUCCAUGGAUAGAUAAAUAUAGUCUAUGUAUAUAGAGGGAUAUUUUGCUGUAUGCAGUACAAUGACCAUGAAGCUGAUGUUAUUCAGAUUUGGUGUAGUCAUCACCCUCAGUCACACAGACACCGAACUCUUGGUGCUUGGAUCAAGAGCAGAGAUGGGAGCCUGGGACCCUCAAUUUGCCAUACUGAUGAAGCCUACGCGCUGUCCUCUAUCCACUAUUGAGCCAUCUCUCUGGGUGGGAGAAGUACUUUUGGAAGAGCCAUACACUAACAAAUUUUGGUUUAAGUUUAUCAAAAAAGAAGCUGGAGUGUUAAUUUGGGAAGGUAAUGGACCUCACCAUGACCGCUGUUGCAUUUAUGAAGAAGGUAACAUAGUAGACGGUGUCUACUGUUGUCCAAUAGGGCAUUGGAUUGAAACAACUGGACAUACUGAUGAAAUGAAGCACACCACAGACUUCUACUUUCACAUUGCAGAUAAUCAGGCCAUACAUUUCUCCAGAAUACUGCCUAAUAUCUAUCUUGGGAGUUGCCCCCGACAGCUGGAACACAUUACCAUAAAGAUGAAACAUGAAUUAAAAGUGACUGCUGUCCUAAACUUCCAGACUGAGUGGGAUGUUACCCAGAAUUCCAAAGGCUGCAAUAAGUAUCCUGAGCCCAUGAGCCCAGACACCAUGUUCAGGAUAUAUAAUGAAGCUGGACUGACUUAUAUAUGGAUCCCUACACCUGAUAUGAGUACAGAAGGUAGAGUUCGGAUGCUGCCACAAGCUGUAUAUCUCUUGUUUGGACUUUUAGAAAAUGGCCACACAGUUUAUGUUCACUGCAAUGCUGGUGUUGGUAGAUCUACAGCUGCAGUUUGUGGUUUUCUCAUGUAUGUGAUAGGUUGGAGUCUACGAAAAGUGCAAUACUUCCUGGCUUCUAGAAGACCGGCCGUGUACAUUGAUGAGGAAGCAAUGAUACGUGCUGAAGGAGAUUUUCAUCAGAAGUUUGGUCAGCUCCGUUCUACUGUGUGUAGGAUUUAGUUCAGAUAGGUUAUUGCAUUGAUUCUAGGAUUGAUUCUUUAUAUAUUUGAUGCAGUUUUAUUGAUGAAAAUCCUAGCAUUUCUUGUGAGUUAGUAAAAUUUACAAAUGUAUCCAAACUUUCUAUUAUAGCCUGGUCUGAGUGUGCUAUAUCAUGGUAGCUUUGCUUUUAAUCAUUAAGCAAUUGAGUGAGCUAACUUAUUCUGAAAUUGCUCAACAGAUUGGAAGCAAUUGACUGUACUAACUAUAUGGUGAAAUUGCUUUGACAUACAUCAGUAAUUACCUGAAAAACUCUGAACAAAUUCUGUUGGAAUAUUGUAAGCAAUUGGCUGUGCUAACUGAUGUGGAAAUUUGUCUUUCAAAUAGUAAUCGAUUACCCCAAAAACAAUCUCAACAAAUAUUGCAUUAACAAGUAAUAAACUGAAGUUAGCCUAUGAAUCGAUUCUAAAAAAAAGUGAUUAACUGAUCUAACUUAUGAAUGAAUUGCUUUCACAUAUUUCAUGAUUGUAAUCAAUUUACUGUGCUAACUUAUUCCGAAAUUGUAUUCGCAUAUUGAGCAAUUACCUUCAAAACUUUAACAAAUGUAAGUACUACGUGAUUGAACAGGUUAACUUGUAGUAGAAUUGCUGUAGUAGAAUUGCUGCUAAGUGGUUGACUGUGCUAACAUUAUUUCCAAAAGCUGAGCAACCAUCAUUAAAACAUUAAACAAAUAUUGCUGAA